CCAACCAGCCUCCGCAAUCAACGCUUUCUCUGCCAUUAUCCCCAUUUUUCUUCUUCUUUGUUCUUUACUUGCCCCAACAAAACUCACCCCUUUUCCAUUCUAUUCUUUCUUUUUGUAAUUACUUUUGCCACGGUUAAAAUAACACCACAAUGGCGGCAGCGUCUCAGCAGCAACUUCCACCGCAACCGCCCAAUACAGUGCGCAAAGUGAUCGUCGAAGUGGUCGAAGCUCGUGACCUUCUUCCCAAAGAUGGCCAAGGAAGCUCCAGCCCUUAUGUCAUUGCCGAUUUCGAUAGCCAAAAAAAGCGAACUUCUACCAAAUACAGGGACCUUAACCCCGUUUGGAACGAGGCGUUGGAGUUCAUCGUUUCCGACCCGGAUAACAUGGUCGUUGAAGAGCUAGAGAUUGAGGUUUUUAAUGAUAAGAAAUUCGGGAAUGGGAGUGGCCGCAAGAAUCACUUUUUGGGUAGGGUCAAGUUGUAUGGGAGCCAGUUCGCCAAGCGAGGAGAGGAAGGAUUGGUUUAUUUUCCAUUGGAGAAGAAGAGCGUGUUUAGUUGGAUUAGAGGUGAGAUUGGGCUUAGAAUUUAUUACUACGAUGAGAUUGUCGAAGAUCAGCCUCCGCCGGAAGAACCAGCGCAGCAACCGCAGCAACAGCCACCGCAAACCGAGGAUGCAAAGCCUACUCCCGGGCUUGUUGUUGUGGAGGAAGGGAGGGUAUUUGAGGUUCCUAGUGCACAUAGAGAGUAUCCUCGUGGAGUUGAUGGCUAUUCUCGUGGACAUGGUACUGUCCGUUGUUACCCUUCGCCGCCCGUUAUGGUCGCCGAGGAAUCUCCACCGGACGUUGUUCAUGUUCACGAUGAGCUACCUCCCCCUGCGGAGCCAACUUCCAUGCCUGUCCAACCGCAUAUGGCGCAGGGACUUCCGGUUCCUGAGGAGCAUUUUCCAGUGCCAGAAGUGAGAAAGAUGCAGAGUAGCAGAGGCGAGAGAGUUAGUAUUUUGAAGAGACCAAAUGGAGAUUAUUCACCUAGAGAAAUAGCGGGCAACAAAACUCAAGGUGACAACGCCGCCGCUUCUGGAGUCUGUGGCGCCGACAGGAUCCAUCCAUACGAUCUAGUUGAGCCGAUGCAAUAUUUGUUUGUUAAAAUUGUUAAAGCGCGUAGAUUGGCUCCAAAUGAUUCCCCUUAUGUUAAAGUCCGUACCUCCAACCAUUUCAUCAAAUCGGACCCGGCGAUUUACCGUCCAGGUGAGCCAACCGACUCGCCAGAGUGGCGCGAGGUGUUCGCUUUAGGUUACAAUAAACAAGAAUCAGCUAACGCAACGCUUGAAAUCUCUGUUUGGGACGCUCCGACGGAAAAUUUUCUUGGCGGCGUUUGUUUCGAUCUUUCUGAUGUUCCAGUACGAGAGCCACCAGAUAGUCCUUUAGCACCGCAAUGGUACCGACUCGAAAGCGGUGCCAUUGAUCAAAAUUCCAGCAGCGUUUCCGGUGAUAUUCAACUAGCUGUUUGGAUCGGCACUCAAAACGACGACGCUUUUCCUGAAGCGAGGAGUUCCGACGCACCGUCCGUGGCGCACAGUCGAUCAAAAGUUUAUCAAUCUCCCAAGCUCUGGUACUUGAGAUUGACUGUUAUCGAGGCUCAGGAUCUUCAAAUUCCUCCGAAUCUGCCUCCUUUAACGGUGCCUGAAAUUCGAGUCAAAGCGCAGCUGGGAUUUCAAUCAGUGCGGUCAAGGAGAGGAAACAUGAACAAUCAUAGCAUGUCGGUGCUAUGGAACGAGGAUUUGAUAUUCGUCGCCGGCGAACCUCUUGAAGAUUCGUUGAUUCUGUUGGUGGAAGAUCGUACGAACAAGGACGUGAUCCUUCUCGGCCACGUCAUGAUCCCUUUGAUCUCAAUCGAGCAACGGAUAGAUGAGCGGCGCGUGGCCUCCAAAUGGCUUGGGUUGGAAGGGGGUGGGGGUGGGGGUGGUGGACCCUACUGCGGGAGAAUUCACCUGCGGCUCUGCUUGGAAGGUGGUUACCACGUACUGGAUGAAGCGGCGCACGUGUGCAGCGACUUCAGGCCCACGGCUAAGCAGCUGUGGAAACCGGCUAUUGGGAUUUUGGAGCUGGGGAUCCUUGGCGCUCGCGGCUUGCUCCCCAUGAAAACCAAAGGCGGAGGCAAAGGCUCCACCGAUGCUUACUGCAUCGCCAAAUACGGGAAAAAGUGGGUCCGCACUCGGACAGUCACCGACAGCUUCGAUCCACGGUGGAACGAACAAUACACGUGGCAAGUCUACGACCCUUGCACCGUCCUAACUGUUGGGGUCUUCGACAACUGGCGAAUGUUUGCUGACAUGGCAGAAGAUAAACCCGACUCCCGAAUCGGUAAGAUCCGAAUACGUAUAUCCAUGUUGGAGAGCAACAGAGUGUACACCAAUUCCUAUCCACUCUUGAUUUUAACCAGAAUGGGGUUAAAGAAAAUGGGUGAAAUCGAGUUGGCGGUUCGCUUUGCGUGUCCGUCAUUGUUACCGGACACAUGUGCGGCUUACGGGCAGCCAUUGCUUCCGAGAAUGCAUUAUCUCCGCCCACUAGGGGUGGCUCAACAGGAGGCAUUACGCGGAGCCGCGACGAAGAUGGUUGCACAAUGGCUAGCGAGGUCAGAGCCGCCGCUCGGGCAGGAGGUGGUGAAGUACAUGCUGGAUGCAGAUUCUCAUACAUGGAGCAUGAGAAAGAGUAAGGCAAAUUGGUUUCGGAUCGUGGCGGUUCUGGCAUGGGCAGUCGGGUUGGCUAAAUGGUUGGAUAAUAUCCGGAGGUGGAAAAACCCGGUUACCACAGUGUUGGUCCAUGUUCUAUAUUUGGUGCUCGUUUGGUACCCUGACUUGGUUAUGCCAACUGGGUUCUUAUAUGUUGUUUUGAUUGGAGUUUGGUAUUAUAGGUUUAGACCCAAUAUUCCAGCAGGCAUGGAUAUAAGGUUGUCCCAAGCUGAAACAGUGGAUCCUGACGAAAUCGACGAGGAAUUCGACACUAUACCGAGUUCAAAGCCACCGGAGAUAAUUAGAGCCAGAUAUGAUAGGUUGAGAAUAUUAGCAGGAAGGGUUCAAACGGUAUUGGGAGAUUUUGCUACCCAAGGGGAAAGGGUUCAAGCCUUGGUGAGUUGGAGGGACCCAAGGGCUACAAAGUUGUUCAUUGGGGUGUGUUUAGCCAUCACUUUGAUACUUUAUGUGGUGCCACCAAAAAUGGUGGCAGUGGCAUUAGGUUUUUAUUAUUUAAGGCACCCUAUGUUUAGAGACCCAAUGCCGCCGGCUAGCUUGAACUUUUUCCGAAGGCUUCCGAGUUUAUCAGAUCGAUUAAUGUAGAGUUGAAGAAGAAGAAGAAGAGUAGACACAUAUAUAAUAACUAUUAUUAUUACCGAAUUUUAAGAUAAAAGUGGGGAAAAGAGGGUGAAAAACAUCAUAAACAGCUGUGUAUGUUGAAAAUGUUGUCCCCCUAAACCUAUAUAACAUUGUAAGGAGUGAAAAAGGGAAGAAAGUGGCCACUGCCCAGUGGUCAUUACAUCUUUCUAUUUUUUUUGGGGGGGAUGGGGUACUGCAAUUGAUUGACCGACCAUGGGAGACUUGGAAUAAGAGAAAGAAAGUGGGGAGAUUGAUUA